AACCAACGUCAACCGCUUCUUUUCGCAACAGCAGCCAGCCACCAUUUCAUCUUUCAACAACUUCACACCUCAUCUCUUCCACAACAUUCAAAAUGCCUCCCAAGACUGCUGACAAGAAGCCCUCUGCCUCCAAGGCCCCCGCCACUGCCUCCAAGGCUCCUGAGAAGAAGGAUGCUGGUAAGAAGACUGCUGCCUCUGGCGACAAGAAGAAGCGCACCAAGGCUCGCAAGGAGACCUACUCCUCAUACAUUUACAAGGUCCUCAAGCAGGUCCACCCCGACACUGGUAUCUCCAACCGGGCCAUGUCCAUCCUGAACUCCUUCGUCAACGACAUCUUCGAGCGUGUCGCCACCGAGGCCAGCAAGCUGGCUGCCUACAACAAGAAGUCUACCAUCUCCUCUCGGGAGAUCCAGACCUCGGUCCGUCUCAUCCUGCCUGGCGAGCUGGCCAAGCAUGCUGUGUCUGAAGGCACCAAGGCUGUCACCAAGUACUCAUCCUCCACAAAAUAAGUGGUGCUGGGUUGAGUCUUUCCUUUUUUCUGUCUUUAGGCACGGGGCGAGCCUUGGCACUUGGUCCAUGAUGAGAUACCAAGGCCCAAUGAUUCUCGGGUGUCUUAAUGCGUCACGGAUGGUUUGCUUUUCGGGCAAUGCUUUUAGGGUUUCCGGGGUUUGGCGGGUGUACAAUAUUUGACUUCAGAAUAGGGUUUCGGAAGCAAUGACAUCGUGCAUAUGAUCAAUCAUCAAACUUUUGUUACUUGUCUUGUACCCAGGUGAUUGUUUUUUGCUGUAUUGUAACGAAUACACAAAGGUGGUGCGGCGCGCUAUGACUGCCACCAGCGCGGCCACGACUGAACGCCGCUCCUGAAUCUCUACUGGGAUGACCGGAAUGCAUGAUGUCUUGGGCACAGGCACGAAGCCAACGAGAGUAAUCUCCAUGAGCUACUUAACGCCGAUCACAACGACAACAACAUAGAUGAACCCUCUCCCCCCCUUUGUGCUCCAACUAUAAGACCUGGUCUAUCCCAAGCCUGCCUUGCUCCGCUUGACGACGUGAGCUACUGGCUGCAGGAUCCCCUUGUUAUCUGUGGCUCCAAGAGCCAUUCCCGUAGACCAGCCCAUCUUCUCCAGCAUGUUGCGGCCCUUGUUGCUCUGACCCAGCUCCGGCGCGGACCCUCCCACCACCUCUCCAUCUCGGUAGGAGAAAGCCGCGUGAUUGAUGCCACGGCGACCGCCAGCACCUCCACCCCUCGGAGGCUCCUGUGUGCGCUGUACGUCCAUGCGGU